CAACUCGAGCCGAGCUAUGAAGAUGUUUGUUCCAGAUGAGCGCUCAGUGAAAGGCAAGAAAACGUAAAACACCCUCUCGUGUUUUAAACACGCCUAGACGGCGCUUUGCCGUGACUGCAUGCAACAAACAGCCCUCAGAUCAAAGCAGCAUCUUUUCAUCAUGCUGUCAGCACCGAACUGACGAAGGAGGAACACGUUUUUUCGGUGUUUUGAUUUGUUUUUUUGUGCGCAAACUUGGACAAAUAAGGUGUUUUUGAUCACAAUGGGAAAUGGCAAAGACGCAGCGACAUCCGACGCGGAGUUCACGUUUGUCAGUCCAGUUGUGAAGUAUCUGCUUUUUGUUUUUAAUUUUAUAUUCUGGGUAAUUUCCUUUGUGAUGGUGGGGAUCGGUGUGUAUGCUCGCCUGAUAAAGCAAGCAGAGACCGCUUUGGCAUGUCUGACAGUUGACCCUGCUGUCAUGCUCAUGGUUGUGGGAAUCUUCAUGUUCAUCGUCACCUUCUGUGGCUGUGUGGGCUCCUUACGGGAAAACAUCUGCCUCCUGCAGACGUUUUGCAUCAGUCUGACAGUCAUCUUCAUUCUGCAACUGACUGCUGGUAUCAUGGGCUUCAUCUUUUCCGAUAAGGCAAGAGGUAAAGUAACAGAGGUGAUCAACAAAUCCAUCAUCCACUACAGAGAUGACGUUGAUCUGCAAAACCUCAUCGAUUAUGGCCAAAAAGAGUUCCGCUGCUGUGGUGGUGAGGCCUUCACCGACUGGUCCCAAAACAUAUAUUUCAACUGCAGCGAGAAAAAUCCGAGCAGAGAGCGCUGCUCCGUCCCUUUCUCCUGUUGCAUCAUAACCAAAGUCAAGGAGUUAUUCAACAGCAUGUGUGGUGAGGGCAUGCAAAAAUUGGACUACAUCACAGCAGGACAGUACGUUUAUACUGAUGGCUGCAUAGACAAACUGGUGAACUGGAUCCACAGCAACCUGUUUAUCAUAGGAGGCAUUGCUUUGGGACUGGCUAUACCACAGCUGGUCGGCAUACUCCUGUCUCAGAUUCUGAUCAAUCAGAUCAAAGACCAGAUUGAGCUGCAGAACUACAACGCCAGGCACCGCUCAGACCCGUGGAGCUGAACCAAAUCCAGAGCUCCAAGACGUGUUGCGCACUUGCUUUUAGUGACUGCUAAAGAGAAUGCUUUUUUUUUUUUUUUUAGAAAAUACAUCUUUCUAAAAGCUGUAAGAUGCAAACAUCUGCUGCCACCUUCUGGACACUAGCAAUGUUUGCAAUUGUGAACUGGUUGGGAUUCUACACGAACAUUUCUUUAUCAUUUGUUGUCAUGAAUGCCUCAAGUAUUACAUUGUGUACUGUUUCUAUUCCGAAACAACAAUAACUGCAAAAGAGGAUUUAUUAGACCUGGAAGAGUCUUACAUAACACUAAAAAUGGCAAUCAACAUUAAAAAGUUUAGUUGGAGGGGGGGGUUGGAUGGAUCCAAAAUGAUAUUUAUAUUACAUACAAAUCCUUAAAUCUAUUUUGGUUUUAAAGUAAUACUUGAAAUGCACAAUUAUCAAUUUAAUUUAAUCAACACUAACAAGGUGUGUUUGCACUGUUUUGUGAAGAUCUGGAAUAGUGAAAAACUGACUUAUUUUUGCAUUCCGCACCAAGGAAAACACUGCCUCUUAAUUUGUUGUUUUUGUUAAAUUUCUUCUUUUUCUUCUUCUUUUUCCUUAUAUGAAAACUUUAAAUUGGGUACUUGUAAUGUAAAUGCAAUAGAAGUGUAUGUAUAGAGGUUUGUGACGCAAGUCCUGAACCUAAACAUAUCAUUUGACUGCUAUUUUACAGCUGCGGUGACGGUAAAGAGCACAGCAAAGAGGGAAAUGGAAUUCAGAGAAAGAAAACAAAUGAAAAAGAGUCUUCCAUUGUAUGCUUUAAAUGUAUGCGUGAUUUAUAGUGUGUAUAUACUGUAGGUGCUUGUAGUACUGAUCUCCAGCGCUCUGUGUGUGGUCCUUGCUUUUUUUUUUUUUUUUUUUUUUUGGGCCUGUGACUCACUCAAGCAGACAUGUUACUGAGAUUUAGGGAGGCCCAGGCGGACCCGCACUCCAACAAACAGAGAACUGAGCACAAGUAAUGUAACUUUGCUCUCUGUCCCUUUGCAAAAAAAGUAGUCUAUUUAGGUGUACUACAAGUAUGAAACUAAAAGUGAGGCAGUAUAUUUGAAAUUUACUUUUUAUAUGCUAUCAUUAUAUUUUAACCUUAAACUUUAGUCUGAAGAAGUAUUCAGUUAGUAUACUUCCUACACUACAUGUAUGUGGUCUAUAGUAUACUUGCUGUACUAAUACUCAAGCAUCAGGUGUACUACUUUUUGCAUAAGGGAGUACCGGUACCUAUUAAAUAAUCUAGAUAAGUGGAAACCUGAAAUGUCUAGUUUUACUCCAAUUGCCAAAAAUAUAUGAAAAUUUCCAACUAUGGAUGGACCAAACGUCCAACCAUUCUGUGUUGUUGUUUUUUCUCUCCAGAUAAAUGACCAACACAAAGGUUUUUAAAAUAAAAAACAGAUAUAAAUAGAUAAAAUAUCUACAAUUGAUAAAAAUGACAAACACCAUCAAGCAUGGUAGGGAGAAAGCAUGCUUUGAGUGCAGUUUAAUGAAUACAUUUGUAGGUAAUUUGAACGUAAACACCAUUUUAUAAUAAAAAAGAAUAACAAACUGAUGCUUCUCUGAGGGAAUGAUUUACCAAAAAAUACUCAAAAAAUCUAACAACCAAUUGAUAAUAUAAAAUCAUCAAACUAUUAGUCUUACUAGCUCAUUUAGUGUUUUAACACAACAUUGUCCAUAUUUAUUGUUAUUUUACAACUAGGGGUGUAACUAUUAAUCUGAACAAUGUUUCUAUUUAUAUCAUAAAUUGUGGUUGCUGGUCAGAUUUGAUCUGACUCACUGACCUAAAAUGGAUCCAGGACAUCUUUUGCCAAAACUUCAACCAGUGUGACUCAGAGAGAAAUACCUGGGUCCUAAACAGUGCAGGUGGAGUUUUCCAGAUUCCCUGUAUUUCUUGCAAGUUAAUCAAAUGUACAAUAAAUAUGUGUACAAACAAACAAUUAAUGGCAAAUCCAUUCACAUUUUAGUUUAAUAAAGUUCACCCCACUGUUCUUUUUUCCCACAUCAAAAUAAUAAAAACGGAACAUGAUUAGAACAUUCUACUACACUGUACGGUCACAUCUUUGCAAAAUUCAAAGCGUUUUCAUAUAUUGUAUUGGAAUGAUCAUUGUUGCUGCCAUCACGUGUGUGUUGUGUGCUGUGAAUAGACUGCCUUUUUUGUCACUGUCCAUUUGGACAAUGGAGCUGGAGAACAGUGGUCCCUGAAGGAUCACUGGUAGAAAACUUCUCUCAACUGAAUGUACGAAUCAUAGCAUGUGUUUCAUGUGCUGGUCAUUUUUGCCUUGUAGUAAAAAAAUAUAAAAAAAAAUAAAAACUACUGUGCUACAAU